CUCGGGUCCGUCAUGGGGCUCUUUGAGGUUUCUUAGUGUCUCUGGGGAGUCCUUGGACCAGAUCUUCCUCCAGACUGCAGCUCACUUCUUACCAGCAACUCAGCUUGUGUUGAUAGAUGACUACAAAGCUUCAAGCCCCUAAGAAAACAAGGGUUGAGACUUGGUGUGGCCAUGCCAGCUCAUUGGACCUCAUCCUUGAAAUUCUCAGCCCUGGCUCUAGAGGAUCAUGGAAGUGCCUAUGAGGGAUCAGUGUCCUUCAGGGAUGUGGCCAUAGAUUUCAGCAGGGAGGAGUGGCACCACCUAAACCCUUCUCAGAGAAACCUGUACUGGGAUGUGAUGCUGGAGACCUACAGCCACCUGCUCUCAUUAGGGUAUCAAGUUCCUGAAGCAGAGGUUUUCAUGUUGGAACAAGGAAAGGAGCCAUGGGCAUUGCAGGGUGAGAGCCCACGUCAGAGCUAUCCAGGAGAGAAAUUAUGGAACCAUAGUCAAUGUGGAAAAUUGCCCAGUUAUAAGCAAGUAUCCUCUCAACCUCUGAAAAUUCAUCCUGGAGAGAAAUCCUAUGAAUGUGCCAAAUUUGAAAAGAUCUUCACUCAAAAGUCACAGCUCAACAUAAACCUAAAAGUUCAUACAGGAGAAAAACUCUAUGUAUGUAUUGAAUGUGGGAAAGCAUUUGUACAGAAGCCAGAAUUCAUUAUACAUCAGAAAACACAUACUAGAGAGAAACCCUUUAAAUGCAAUGAAUGUGGAAAGUCAUUUUUUCAAGUAUCUUCUCUCUUCAGGCAUCAGAGAAUUCAUACUGGAGAAAAACUCUACGAAUGCAGUGAAUGUGGGAAAGGCUUCUCUUAUAACUCAGAUCUCAGUAUACAUCAGAAAAUUCAUACUGGUGAGAGACACCAUGAAUGCAGUGAUUGUGGCAAAGCAUUUACACAAAAAUCCACACUCAAGAUGCAUCAGAAAAUUCAUACAGGUGAAAGAUCCUAUAUAUGUAUCGAAUGUGGCCAGGCCUUCAUCCAGAAGACACACUUGAUUGCACAUCGAAGAAUUCAUACGGGAGAAAAACCAUAUGAGUGUAGUAACUGUGGGAAAUCCUUCAUUUCCAAGUCACAACUUCAGGUACAUCAACGAAUUCACACAAGAGUGAAGCCCCAUAUAUGUUCUGAAUAUGGGAAGGUCUUCAGCAAUAGUUCCAACCUCAUUACACAUAAGAAAGGUCAAAUUAGAGAGAAAUCUUCUAUAUGUACUGAGUGUGGGAAAGCCUUUACCUACAGGUCAGAGUUGAUUAUACAUCAAAGAAUUCACACUGGAGAGAAACCUUAUGAAUGUAGUGACUGUGGAAAAGCCUUCACUCAGAAGUCAGCACUCACAGUACAUCAGAGAAUUCAUACAGGAGAAAAAUCAUAUGUAUGCAUGAAAUGUGGGCUGGCCUUUAUUCAGAAGGCACACUUGAUUGCACAUCAAAUAAUUCAUACUGGAGAGAAACCUUAUAAAUGUGGUCACUGUGGGAAAUUAUUUACUUCCAAGUCACAACUCCAUGUGCAUAAACGAAUUCACACAGGAGAAAAACCAUAUAUAUGCAGUAAAUGUGGGAAGGCAUUCACCAACAGGUCAAAUCUCAUUACACACCAGAAAACUCAUACAGGAGAAAAAUCCUACAUAUGCUCUAAGUGUGGAAAGGCUUUCACUCAGAGGUCAGACUUAAUUACACAUCAGAGGAUCCAUACUGGAGAGAAACCUUAUAAAUGCAGUACCUGUGGAAAAGCCUUCACCCAAAAGUCACACCUCAAUAUACACCAGAAAAUUCAUACUGGAGAGAGACAGUAUGAAUGCCAUGAAUGUGGAAAAGCCUUCAACCAGAAAUCAAUACUCAUUGUGCACCAGAAAAUUCAUACAGGAGAGAAACCCUAUGUAUGUACAGAGUGUGGAAGAGCCUUUAUCCGAAAGUCAAACUUCAUUACUCAUCAGAGAAUUCAUACAGGAGAGAAACCUUAUGAAUGCAGUGAUUGUGGGAAAUCCUUCACCUCCAAGUCUCAGCUCCUGGUGCAUCAGCCAAUUCAUACAGGAGAGAAGCCUUAUGCGUGUGCUGAGUGUGGAAAGGCCUUUAGUGGCAGGUCAAAUCUCAGCAAACACCAGAAAACUCAUACAGGAGAAAAGCCCUACAUCUGUUCUGAAUGUGGAAAGACCUUCAGACAGAAGUCAGAGUUGAUUACACAUCAUAGAAUUCAUACUGGAGAGAAACCUUAUGAAUGCAGUGACUGUGGAAAAUCUUUCACUAAAAAAUCACAGCUCCAAGUGCAUCAGCGAAUUCACACAGGAGAAAAGCCUUAUGUGUGUGCUGAGUGUGGGAAGGCCUUCACUGACAGGUCAAAUUUGAAUAAACACCAGACAACACACACUGGAGACAAACCCUACAAGUGUACAGUCUGUGGGAAAGGCUUUGUUCAGAAAUCAGUACUACGUGUGCACCAGAGUAUUCACACUUGAGAGAAACUGAAAACUUCAUUGAUGACAAGUCUAAUUGUACAUUAUUGAAUUCAUGCAGAGAAAAUGUGUAUAUUAUCAUAAGGAGAAAUGCCCACAUCAGAGUGGCACACAUUACUCUUCAGAAAAGGACUCCUGAGAGGGCACUGAAUGAAUUGAUGGAUCAUUUCCACCUAGUCACCAGCUUCAUUAGACGGUGGGGCAUUCAUACUGAUAAGGAAUUGAGUCUAUUUGGUGCAUUACAAAGAACCUUGUCAUGAAAAUUUGAUGGAACACUAUUCCCAAGUUCUUUAUAAGAAAGAUUAUAUUAAGUUAUGUUAAUGAUAAUCCUGUUUACUGUGGAAUACGUACAGUACCAAAAAUUGAAUGGUAAAACAAUGUAAUGUAUAUGAUAAUGAUAAAUCUAAGUUCUUUGAGUUGUUUGUUGAAGAACAUGUUGUCUAACAGAAUCAUGACUGUUUUUUGAAUCUAACACAGUUGUGCAUAUUCAAUUCUCCACUGAAUGCUUCUCAAGGAAGAGACACUGCAUUAAAAAUUCCUUAUAUAUAUAGACAUAAGCCUCAGAGUAUGUUUUGACUCCCCAUUGUCAUGUAACACCAUGAU